AUGUUAAUGAUGGAUGUCUAUUUGAUGGGUACAUCAGAUUGGAGAGAAUGGAAUCAAUUCCGUAGAGUUCAGUCAUUGAUGGCCUCUCAAAGACGAAUUAAUAGGACUCAAUUGAGGGAUGACAUCAAAAUGCAAUCCUUAAACAAAAAAGCAAAUAUGAAAGCAAGUAAACCUUGGUCUUGUUGUGAUAGCAUCUUGAGUUAUCUGACAGAUACUGAAUGCUUUGCUUUUGAGGAUGAUGAAUUCCUUCAUUUCAAUGAAUUAUUUAAAGAUACCAAUCAAAUAUCUUUUCUUUCCAAUCCACUACAAGAGAAUAUAAUUCCAUUAACAAUUCCAGGAAGGGAUUUAUCCAAAAUGUUUGACCAAUUGGUGUGUGCAAUAGAUUCUCGUUCUCUUAAAUUAUUACAGGAAGUAGAACCAGUAGAGCAGAAAUUUAUACAGUACUAUAGAGAUUUGAAGAAGGUGGAUUCUCCUUGUGCACAAGGAGAUUCAAUUCAUUCUCCUACUACCUCUGUAGAGUCAAAACAUAAUGGUUCUACAUCAACAACAAAGGAUGGUGUGAAAAAGAAUUAUAAUUUGAGAUCUCAAGCAGAAGAACCUCAAUCAAAGAAGAGAAAGACAAUGGAUUCAGAUUCUGAUGAAAGCUCUUCCUCAGAUGAAGAUGAAGACACUUCUUUCGAUCCUACCUCUGAUAGUGAUGUUGAAACAAUUCGUAUCACAAGAAGCAAAUCAGUUUCUUCCAAAGUUACAUCCUCCAAAUCCAAAUCUACCAAGGACUCUAAUGAAGAGAAGACAAAGAGGAAGAGAAAAAGAACCACCUACAGUAAGGCACACACUGAUAUUCUCAAAAACUUCAUAAUACGUAAUCCCGACUAUCCCUAUCCAAGUGAGGAACAGAAGCAAGAACUAUUGAAGGAGAUUGAAUAUAGCAUGACCAAGGAACAACUAGAGACAUGGUUUGUCAAUCAUAGAAAGCGUUAUGCUAGUCGAGAAAAUUUGGGCAAACAUAAAUCACAAAACCAUUCAGGUUCGCAUGCAAAUAAUGGUUUCAACAGUGCACUUGAAAAGAAGCUCAAGCAGGAAAAGAAGAAAUAA